GGUCCUCGGUGGGAGGGUUUCCGUAGCAGUGUUGAGCUUUGGGCUGCGAGUCUGUAUUGCUCUCUGCCCCAUUUUUCCAUCUUCUCCACCCACACCCAAGCGGCAGGCUUUCUUUGCCCCCCUAUAAUCAAUCAGCAGUAGAAUUAAUUCUCGGAGUUCGAGAGGCAGAUAAAGCAGAUAAUGGAAAUGUGUUCUAAGAACUAGUGACCAAGAUCAGCGGCUACUGUGACAGCGGCUGCACCACUAAAUUGAGUACAGCUGUUGAAAAGUACUACACAGUAUACUCAUUGGCUGCCAUUAGCUCGGAUUUAGGCAUAUUAAGGUCUGAUUGAGGAACCUCCCCCAGACUUGAUUGUUCUACUCCCCCCUCCCACUCCCCAGUGGGCCUACCACACUGUGGUCACCUUUAACUAAAUGCUACAGGUACUUGUCUUGACUAAGAACACAAACUGAAACUAUAAUUUCUCUCUAGUUUACAUUCUCACUGAAGUUUGAGUUGCUAUUGGACUGCCUUCCUUCAGCUCCUCCCUAAUCCAGAAGCCAAGUCCUCUGUGGCAGAUUCCUGACAAACAGCUUGUAAGAUGGGAUGGGCAUCAAAAUUCAAGCGUGAUGUCUGCCGCCCAGCCCAGGAGAAGGGCUGGCGUGCCGAGAGCGCCUUUAAACUGCUACAACUUGAUGAGGAAUUCCAUCUCCUCCAAGGCAUCACACGGGCAGUUGACUUGUGUGCAGCCCCUGGCAGCUGGAGCCAAGUGCUGAUUCAGAAGAUGGGGAGCCAAGGGUCUGGCCAUGUGGUAGCUGUGGAUCGUCAGGAUAUGGCUCCACUGCCAGGUGUGUUACAGAUCAAGGGGGAUAUCACUCAGCUGUCCACUGCCAAGGCAGUUGUCCAGCACUUUGAGGGUUCUCCUGCAGACCUGGUGGUAUGUGACGGAGAUCCUGAUUUAACUGGCCUGCAAGAUAUUGAUGAACAUAUGCGGACCCAGCUCCUUUUGGCGGCUCUAAACAUUGCUACACACAUAUUGAAGCCUGGGGGCUGUUUUGUGGCCAAGAUCAUCCGAGGCCGGGAUGUGACCCUGACCUACAGCCAGCUUCGAGUUUUCUUCUCCACUGUAGUCUGUGCCAAGCCCAGGAGUAGUCCCAGCUCAAGCAGUGAAGCUUUUGCUGUCUGUCAAGGUUAUGAUCCCCCUGCAGGCUUCCUACCAGAUCUGACAAAACCCCUGCUGAACCAUUCUUACGAUGCAGAUUUCAACCAAUUGGAUGGUCCCACCCGCAUCAUUGUGCCAUUUGUGACCUGUGGGCACCUGAGUGCCAAUGAUUCAGAACACUGUUACCCAUUGAAUGCAGAGGGUGACUCGAAGUGCAAGGAUGUUCUGCCCAUGCAGCCACCCAUCUUACUACCGCCCCGUGGGCCUACACAUUGAAGAAGGAGCAGCUAGCUGAGAUCUGUCCCCCAGAGUUACCCCCAUUAGCACAAUGGACGUGAUAUCCCAGUGUUCAGAAGCCCCUCUGCAUCACACCCUGCUGGCUUCCGAGAUGGAAGAUGAUGAAAUUAAUUAUUCACUUUAACCUGUUGUUAGGGGACGAGCUGACACGACUUAGAAACUGGUCUUCUGAAAGUCAUAACUUACACUAAUGAGCUUGUUUUAUAAUGUCAUUUUUUCCACAGAUCCAGAACAUACAAGUCCCAUUGGGAACCUGCAACAACCACCACAAAAAUAGCAUGAAAAUAGCAUGAAAAGAAACAUCACAGAUGUGCCCCAGGAUGUGGUGUAUUGGGUAAAGCACUGGACUCUGAAGCAUUAGAUUCAGAGUUAAAUCUCCAGAUCAUCACAUGUCUUGUGAAGUUCUGGUUCCGUCCUCUCUACUGUUCCCUCUGUCUCUGUCUAUCUCUGUCUCAUAAAUAAGCCAAAGGAAAGAAGGAAGGAGA